AUGGACGAAGUAAUAGCGAUCGUCGCCCGUACUGAUGCUGAUCUCAUUGAGGAGGUCACCAACAUCAAAGCUGAGGCGGAUGACAGCGAAAACAGCAUAAGAAUAGAGAAUGAGAACGCGCGGAUGGACAGAUAUGAAGCACUUCAAAUAGAAGCGGUUACAUCUAAUAGGAAGAACGCAGCAGUUGAUAUGAAGUGGGCAGACUUCGAUCGGAUUAAAAUUGCCCGAGAACUAGCCAAGGAGUUGGAAAUGCAGACCAAAGCCUGUCAAGCUAUUAUCGAUUCUAAAGAUCGCCGAAUUCGAGAAUUUCUGAGUGAACUUGAAGACAAAAACUACUCAUACGUGAAAGCUAUGGAGCGGGCAGAGCAAGACGUUGGGAAAAUGUCGAAGUUGAUAACAGCGAAUAUAAGGAAGCAACGAGACGUCCAUAGAAAACAGCUGGAAUCUUUCGAACGUCUUUUGGAGAGAGAAAGAGUUGAUCUUUUAGACAAGCAAAAAAGAGAAAUGGAUGAUCUCUUUGAGAAAAGGCGACAAAGGGAAGAAAAUGAAUUUUUCGACCAACGACAGGAACGUGAAAAAGGAUUCCAGCAGAGGACCGACGAGUUAUUGCAUCGGGACCUCGACGAGUUCAAUAAAGCGAAGAUAUCGUUGGAAAAUUCGAUAAACGAAUUGGAGGAGCAUUCUGAGCGAACAAUGGCAACUUAUCAGUUAAAUAAAGAGAAAUUGGAUUACAAUUUGCAGGUUCUCGCAGAAAGAAAUAAGGAGCAUACCGCUAUUGAAGCCGCGUAUAAAAUGAAGUUGGGGAAAAUGCGAAAUGCUAAGCAGAAGAUAUCUCAAAAGUUUGCCGAGAUGGAGGCGACUCUGCGGAAGGAGAACACUGACUUGACUGAAGACCUCGACAGACUAAUGCAACAAUAUCGGCAAGUAUUGGAGAAGACGCAAACUUUCCAAGAACAGGAUGAGAAAAAAUUUUCGGAAAUUUGGGCGAAUAACGAGAGGGAAGUCAAAAGUUUGGUGGAAAAGGUCUUGGAUGGUGAUAGGAUUAUACAUGAACAGUUGUUGGGUCUCGAUUGGGCAGUGCCAAGCGUGGAGCAAAUGCAGCAGGAGAUAGAGGUUAUGAGCGAGGCAGGGACGGUGACGGGGAAGGCCUCUACUGCGCUGCUGAGCAGUGAAAGCGGUCGUACUGCUAGUUCAGGAGGAGGAAGAUUUUCGGGUAGCAAAGUGAAAGCAGUGAUGGAUUGGAUUCGCGAAGAGGCCGCAUUCUUACUCGACAUCAACGUGAAGGAGCAAUGCAAGGACCUGCCACCUGAGCACAGGGCUGUUGUUGAGAUUGAUGCGAUUCUACGGGCGAUUGGUUGUGAUGAUCAACGCGACAUAGACUUGCUAGUAUCCCAAUUUUUCCGCGGCCAAGAUGAAGACGAUGAGACGUGUUUGGUGGAAGCAGACGACAUUUUGAAAUUAAUAACGGAAUUUAUGGUAGAAAAGGAAAAUCUCAAAUUGGCUGAAGUGGCACCCGAUAAGAAAAAGAAAGGCCAGAAGGGUGGAGAGAAAACUGAUGCGGAAAAAGCAGCCCGAAGGCGUCGAGAAGAGCGGAAGUAUCUUGAGGUUCGGUAUGAAAGAUACGGAUCAUGCCCGAUUAGGUUCUGGGAGAGAAUUGGCCAUGCGUUGCCGUCAAUGAAUGUUCGCCUCCAUGAAGCUGUGGAGAGCUGUCUUAAUCGACAGCUGAAGUUGCUGAACUUACGUGCAACUGCGGUACAGGCGUGUGUUGAUAUUGAAAAGGAAAAUGUGGAGGUGAGCAUGCAGAUGUAG